AUGGUACUUACAGAUAAACAACGACAAGACCUCCAUCAGGCAAUGCUUGAUUAUCUUGUAGGAAUGGGUGAACGGUUUACAGACACAGCUACAGCUUUUGAAAAUGAAGCAGACGUGACAAAAUCCAGUGAUGGAAAACAUGCAGGUCUAUUGGAAAAGAAAUGGACAUCUGUGAUACGUUUACAACGUAAAGUAAUGGAGUUGGAGACAAAAGUGGUUCAGCUUGAAGAAAAUGCCAAAUUAGGCGGUGUUUUGAGUCGUAGGGACGUGCUAGGAGCUCGUCAACGCUUGGAAUUUCUACCACGUGCACCAGCCAAGUUCUCAUUAACAGGCCAUCGCUCACCUGUUACUUGUGUGGCUUUCCAUCCAGUUUUUAGUGUUUUGGCUUCAGCUAGUGAAGAUGCAUCCGUGAAAGUCUGGGACUUUGAGACGGGCGAGUACGAGCGGACACUCAAAGGACAUACGAAUCCUGUGCAAGCGGUGACAUUUAAUGGCUCUGGUUCAUUGCUGGCAUCGACAUCGACGGAUUUGUCCAUCAAGAUUUGGGACUUUUCGAGUGAUGGAGAUUAUGAAUGUCUAAGGACGUUACGUGGACAUGACCAUAAUGUCUGUGGGAUUGUAUUUGGACCAGACCUUUCAAGUGAUCGACUCUAUUCGUGCUCACGUGAUAAUACGAUCAAAGUGUGGGAGUUGUCAACUGGCUACUGUGUCAAUACACUUAACACUGGCCAUAGUGACUGGGUGCGUGACGUUGCCGUGAGUGACGAUGGACUGUAUCUGGCUUCAUGUGGCAAUGAUCGUUCCGUUCUUUUUUGGGAUCUGCAGCACAUGCGCAUUUUACAAUCGAUCCGAGAACACGAGCAUGUUGUAGAGAGUGUCGUUUUCGCCAAGACAGGCAUUCAACAACAGAUAAUUGAACGGACACAUGCCAAGAAACUCGCAGCUUCAGGUGCGUUUGCUCCAGCUCACGGAAACAUCUCGCCGGAGUCUAGUAACCACGACAUGGCUAGUAGUACGGCAGGAGAGCCGACGGGAGCGGUGAGUGUUCCUACAGUCCGCCGUAUGAAGUUUCUUCUGUCGGGAUCGCGUGACCGUACAGUUCGUCUUUGGGAAGCUUUCAGCGGAAUGCAGCUUAUGCUUUUUGCAAGUCACGAAAACUGGGUGCGCGAGGUUCGCUUUCACCCUAGCGGAAAGUACGCACUCAGUGCAGGCGAGGACAAGACCAUUCGCGUCUUUGACAUUGAGACUGGUCGCUGCGUGCGGACACUGGAUGAGGCACACAGCCAUUUCGUGACGUGCCUCGACAUCCACCCGAGCCUUCCACUGAUCAUUUCAGGCGGCAUCGAUAAAAUCAUUAAUGUGUGGGAAUGUGUAUAA